CGCGGCCGGGCCGCCAUGUUGGGAAGGCAGGUGUUACGGGCGCCCCUCGCCCCGCGCCCGCCCGCCGGCGGGGCCGCGCCGGGCAUCGCCCGCCGCCUGUCCCCUUCCUCCGGCUCCGCGCCCGCUGCUCCCCUGGCAGUGGCGAGCCGGCCGCUCGGGCAGGACUGCGCGGUGCCCCCUCACGGGGAGGGGGGCGGGGGGUGCAGCCCGGUUUAACGGCGACACCGGGGCCGGGCCUACCGCCACGGCGCUGCGCGUGACGCCACCCCCGGAGAAGCCGCCGAUUGGUUGGAGCGGUGCACGUGACCGGCGGCGCGGGGCAGCCAUGGAGGAGCCGGGGCGGCGGCGGGGCGGCGUGAGGCGGUACCGCUUCACCGAGGGGCCGGCGGCGCUAGCGCUGCGCAUCCCCGAGGAGCUGGACUCGCACUACGGGACGUACGUGUGGCCCUGCGCCGUGGUGCUGGCCCAGUACCUCUGGGUGCACCGGAGGAACCUCCCCGGCAAGCGGGUGCUGGAGGUGGGUGCCGGGGUGAGCCUGCCCGGCGUGGUGGCUGCCAAGUGCGGUGCCGAGGUGGUCCUGUCCGACGGCGAGGAGCUGCCCCGCUGCCUGCAGAGCUGCCGCAGGAGCUGCCUGGCCAACCGGCUGCCCCACAUCCCUGUGCUCGGGCUCACCUGGGGACGGGUGUCUCCAGAGCUGCUUGCUCUUCCUCCUGUAGACAUUAUUUUAGGCUCGGAUGUCUUUUUUGACCCGAAAGACUUUGAAGAUAUUUUAAUUACAAUUUACUUCUUGCUGGAAAAGAAUCCACAUGCUCAAUUCUGGACUACUUACCAAGUCCGAAGUGCUGACUGGUCUAUCGAAGCUUUGCUCUGCAAGUGGAAGCUGAAGAGCAUCCUCAUUCCCUUGCACUCCUUCAGUGCGGACAAAGAGCACUUGGCCAGCUCUUCUCUACCAGGAAGACAUACAAUUGAAAUGAUGAUCAUCUCACUAGCACAAUCAGAUGGUACUUAAUUUUUAUUCCACUUUUUGGUUCCAAUACAAGAUGACACUUAACUGUUGACUGUAGCAUGGAUCUGCAGAAAACAGUCUGUUUACAGCAAACCUCAUGCAUAUGUUUUUGGGAAGCAGAUCCCUUCAGCAGUUAAUUCUUAAAACAUGCAUUGUAAAAAUAAAGCUGUUUGAUUGUUCA